GGCUCUCUUUCUCACAAGAUGCUGACUUUUUCGAUUUUUCUUCCAUCAUUCAGCCCUCCCUCCCUCUCUCUUCCUACUUCAUCCCACCAUCCAUUGCGGUAGCGCUGCACUCCUCUUAAUCCUUUCCGUAUAGAGCAAAAUUUGUUUUUGAUUCACCUUCCCUUUUUCUGCAAUGGGCGCUGUGUGGCAGUUGCGAUCAGUAUAGAUGCGAUCGAGGCUGAGAGUGAUGGACUGGAGGUGUUAGAAGAGCUCGGCCUGGAGGAAGAUCGCCAUUUUGUGCUGCUCUCCUAGCGAUCUGAGAUGGCUUGCUUGCCAUGUUUCGGAUCGUUGGAGAAGGUGGAGGAGAAGAACAGAGAGGUGAAACCUGGUGGUAGAGAUUUCAGUAAGGAGGCUCCCGCGGCGCCCUCUUCGAACCAAAUGACGAGGGUUAGCUCUGAUAAAUCAAAGUCAAGAAGUUUUUCAGAGUCAAAAAAGGAAACAUCGGUUCAUAAAGAAGGAAAUACCAGACAUAUUGCAGCGCAGACUUUUAGCUUUCGCGAACUUGCUACUGCUACUAAGAACUUCAGAGCUGAAUGCUUAUUGGGUGAAGGUGGCUUUGGCCGUGUGUAUAAAGGCCGGUUGGAGAGCGGCCAGGUUGUUGCUGUGAAACAGCUAGAUUGGAAUGGACUUCAAGGAAAUAGAGAAUUUUUGGUUGAGGUCCUUAUGCUCAGCCUCCUACAUCACCCCAAUCUUGUCAAUUUAAUUGGUUAUUGUGCUGAUGGGGAUCAACGCCUUCUUGUCUAUGAAUAUAUGCCCUUGGGGUCACUUGAGGAUCAUUUACAUGAUCUACCAUCCGACAAGCAACCCCUUGACUGGAACACACGGAUGAAGAUCGCAGCUGGUGCAGCUAAAGGAUUAGAAUACCUGCAUGAUAAGGCAAAUCCUCCAGUAAUCUACAGAGAUUUCAAAUCUUCGAACAUACUUCUCAGUGAUGAAUAUCAUCCAAAGCUGUCAGAUUUUGGCUUAGCAAAACUUGGUCCAGUUGGCGACAAAACUCACGUAUCAACAAGAGUGAUGGGGACCUAUGGAUAUUGUGCUCCAGAGUACGCCAUGACCGGGCAACUUACGCUUAAAUCCGAUGUCUAUAGCUUUGGGGUCGUCUUCCUCGAAUUAAUCACAGGACGGAAAGCAAUCGACAACACCAGACCCACUGGAGAACAAAAUCUUGUUGCUUGGGCUCGCCCGUUAUUCAAAGAUCGACGAAAAUUUCCGAAAAUGGCAGACCCAUUGCUGCAAGGCCAUUAUCCCAUGAGAGGUCUGUACCAAGCUCUAGCCGUCGCCGCCAUGUGCCUGCAGGAGCAAGCUGCAACCAGACCUCUUAUUGGCGAUGUCGUCACUGCUCUCUCUUACUUAGCUUCGCAAACCUACGAUCCCAACGCUCCUCCUAUGCAGAGUAGCAGGGUCGGGCCUUCGACGCCGAGGUCUCGGGAGGAGCGAAGAAACCAUGGCGGCAGCUCCGAUAGUAAAAGUGCGACGGAUUCACCUCAUAGAGAUUCGCCAAAGCUCAGGCUGAGGGAUUCUAUCAAAGGGAUGAACUUAGGAGCUGAUGUUGGAAGAGGUGAUGGUGACGGGGUAUCGGGAAGAAAAUGGGGAUUGGAGGAGUUCGAGCGGCAGGAUUCGCAUCGUGAUAGUCCGAACCAUGUCAUCCGGCCGAGAGAUUCUCCAAAGGGCCUCAACAGAGAUGUUGACAGAGAACGGGCGAUAGCAGAGGCAAAGGUUUGGGGGGAAAACUGGAGGGAGAGAAAGCGAGGGAAUGCGCCGAAGUGUGUUGAUAGUACAAAUGUGUGAGAACAUUAACAUUAUUGGACCUGCCACACAUCUUCAUCUUUGAUUGGUCUUAUUAUAUAUAGUUUUCUGUUUUUUUUUUUCUUUGUUUGUUUUAUAUCCAGUUAUAGUUCAUCAAUCUCUAUAAAUUUCUCAUGUGAAUAAAAGAUUGUUUUCUUCUCUGUUAAAAACUUCAUUUUUAUUGUAUUCUGAGUCUUGAUAUGUGGGUUUCAAUCUUCGGUUGGAUUAUGGGGGGAGUGUUGAUUAUUGUUCUGAAUGU